AUGAAAUGUAAGUACGAAAUGGCUGGGUUUCGGGACAUAGACAAAGCCUUAUUCCCGAUAAAAAAUAUCAAAACUGUUGUAAAACUAUUCAGAAAUCAGUUGGAAACUGCUCCAGAGCCAGACCUAGCCUUACUCUCGAUUGUCACGGGUAUUAUUGAAAAUUCAUUGACGAGCCGGUCAAAUGCCGCACUUCAGCUUUGUGAACCAGUAGAACAAAAUAGCUUACCAAAAUUAGAUAUUGAUACUGUGGAAAUAUUGUAUAGCAAGUUCAGCAAUGUUAUGUUCGGUGCUAUUGAGCCUAACAAAACAAAAUCAUUUGCUACUAGAGAACUGGUGAAGAGAGUAUCAGAUGUAAUUUGGAAUUCUCUAACAAGAAGUUACUACAAAGACAGGGCACACUUACAAAGUUUGUACAGUUAUUUGAGUGGUAGCAAGCUAGAUUGCUUUGGAGUAGCAUUUGCAGUUGUAGCUGGCUGUCAAGUAUUGGGCUAUAAUGAUGUGCAUCUAGCAUUAUCAGAAGAUCAUGCCUGGGUUGUAUUUGGUGAGAAUGGAACAGACACUGCAGAAGUAACUUGGCAUGGAAAAGGUAAUGAGGACAAAAGAGGCCAGGAAAUAGGCAAAGGUGUCUCAGCAAGAUCAUGGUUAUAUGUCAAUAACAAACCUGUAGUAUGCAAUAGACAUAUGGAAGUUGCAGCUUUGGUAUCUGCCAUAAAUCCAUCUUUGAAUGCCACAGAAGAUGCUUAUGAGGUAUCACUGUUACAACAAGAACUGCUGUGGCUCCUAUAUGACCUAGGUCAUCUGAAAAAAUAUCCCAUGGCUAUUGGAAACUUGGGAGAUUUGGAAGAAAUAUCUGCCACUGAGGGAAAAGUUCAAUGUAAAGCUUUGUUUGAGGAAGCUAUUGCUUCUGCAAGAUCCUAUUACAACAAUCAGCAUGUGUAUCCUUACACCUAUCAAGGAGGAUACUUUUAUCGUAAUAAGAUGUAUGAGGCAGCCUUUGAAAGUUGGGCAAAUGCUAGUGAUGUGAUAAGACUGUACAAUUAUUCUAGAGAUGAUGAAGAAAUUUACAAAGAAUUCCUGGAAAUCGCAAAUGAGUUGAUACCUCUUAUAAUGAAAGUAGAGAGUUCAGGUUUCAGUGCAAAUACUAUCCUGAAGAAGCCAAAAUGUUUUGCUGAUCUUCUUCGUUUCUAUGAUGGCAUAUGUCAAUGGGAAGAAGGUAGUGCGACCCCAGUACUACACAUAGGUUGGGCCAAACCCCUUGUAAUUACAAUAUCAAAGUUCGAUGCCGAUGUCAGAGCGCAAGUGAACAUCGUCUGUGAUAAAUCAGAGGAAGAUAAACUCACCAAAAAGAAUGGCACGUAUUUCAACAACAACAACAACAACUAUGAGAAAGAAAACGGCUCUGUUGGUAAUGAAUUGAUGUCGGGUGGUAUCAGAAGUUCCAUCGAGAAGGAUCAGUCGAUGACGAAUUUUCAUCCGAGUAUAGAGGCUCUGACAGCUGCUUGCUCAGAAAAGAUUCUGAAUCCGGACUAUCUGUUGCAAGGAGGAGGAUCUCCAUUUGUAGGUGGGGAAUAUCCAACUGACAACUCGACACCGGACCACGAACAGAAACCUAACGGCAGUAACGGCGGUGCUAGUACCUCGAAAGAGCCUAUCACCGCCAUCGCCGACUCAAAACAAGAAGAAGAAGAAGAAAAACCACCGGCAGACGACAACAAACCGACGGUGGUGCUGCACAGCCAGAAAAUGAAACAGCUGAAAGACCUGCUUCUGGCCGAGAAGCUGAACACGCACGCCAUCUCGUUGCACCUCACUGCGCAGUCGCAGGUGCAGGUGGGCAAGAAGGGGAGGGGGGAGGGUGCUGACAGCAUCAGCAGGCCGAAGAGAACGAGGAGGGAUUAG